AGAACCUUGUUCCUUCGUUUCUUCUUCCUCUAUGCUUCACAGAGGAGAGAGAGAAGAAGAAAACACACCAUGAUGAUGAAUUGAUGAUGAUGUUACCAUUUCUUCUUCUCUUCCCACCCACCACACCACUGCUUCUGCUGGUGCCCCACCACCACCUCCGCCAAUAAUUCUUCUUCCUUCCCAUGGAGCUUUUGAACCCUCCUCACCACCACCACCACCGCCGCCGCCACCACUCACCCACAUCCAUUCUGCACCUUCACUUUCACCCGUUUCCCUCUUCCUCUCCUCCUCCAACUAUGCAUCAACGCGCUGCUGCUCCUUCCAACCCUGUUGUCGUUGUUCAUGUCGCUGUCGGGAAAUCGCUCGACAAAGCCGCCACGUUGCUUCAAUGGACUUUCAACCACUUUCCCAAUUCAGAAAUUGUCUUAAUCCAUGCUUAUCAACCUUCUCCAUUCAUACCCACUUUGUUGGGGAAAAUGCUAGCAACUCAGGCUAAUCCUGAAACUGUGUCUGCUUUUCGAAGAGAGGAAAAACAACAGACCACGAUGCUCAUGGACAAGUACUUGAGCAUUUGUCGCACAGCUAAGGUUAAGGCUAGCACUAUUGUAACUGAAGCUGACCAGGUUCAAAAAGGAAUUGUUGAUCUGGUUAUUAGGCAUAAUGUUAGGAAGCUUGUGAUUGGUGCAGCACCAGAAAAUUGGAUGAAUGUGAAAAGGAAUUCCGGUAAAGCACAUUACGCUGCUAAAAAUGCUCCCUCAUUCUGUGAGAUAUGGUUUAUCUAUAAAGGUAAACACAUUUGGACAAGAGAGGCUUCUGAAACACUAAGUUCAUUGACUUCAAGUGCUCAACCUGAGAUUGCAGCCGCAGACAGCUUGAGAUCUCGAUCUUUUCACUAUGGUGAGAAUGAAUUAUCCCACUCAGAAUAUCUCCAACCAAAUUCUGCAAGAACUACAAUAUGUUCUGGAAUUAGAAGUUGGGAUCAGGGUGAAAUCAUUGAAACUGAAGCUACUUAUUCAUCUAAAUCAACCAGUUGUAGCAGUCAUUGUUCCCCGCAAAAUGCUGCUGGGGGUUGGUUAGAUACACAUUCUGAGUUCAUGGAAGAAAGAGUUAAUAGUCAACUUAUUGAAACCAAAAGAGAAGCCGAGGCAGCAAAAGGUGAGGCAUUUGCAGAGCUAUUAAAGUGCAAGAGGUUGGAAGUAGAGGCCAUGGAGGCCAUAAGGAAGGUCAAGUUGUUUGAAUCAGCCCAUUCAUGUGAAGUAAAACUUAGAAAAGAGGCUGAGGAUGCACUUAGAGCUACGGUACUCGAACAACAAAAGCUUUCGGAUGAAAAUGAAAGUAUUGCUGGUAAGCUACAAAUGACCAUGAGAAAUAUUUCCCAACUAGAUAGUCAUGCUCAGGAAGUAACCCAUAGGCGAGAUGAAGUUGCAUAUGAACUAUCACUAAUUCAAGCAUCCAUCUCAACCCUGUGGCAAGAAAGGCAGCAGAUCAGGAGACAGAAAAUGGAAGCUCUUCGGUGGCUUGAGCGGUGGAAAAGUCGCGGACAGGUUGGAACAGCUCAUUACAAUGGGGCCAUUGGGUUUGCUGAAGAAUUACCUGAGAUUGCAGAAUUUUCAUUAUCAGAUCUUCAAAAUGCCACAUGUAAUUUUUCCAAGAGCUUUAAAAUCGCGCAAGGUGGAUUUGGUUGUAUAUAUAAGGGGGAAAUGUUGGGUAGGACUGUUGCUAUAAGGAAGUUCCACCAGCAAAACGUGCAAGGACCAGAAGAGUUUCAUCAAGAGGUUCAAGUUCUUGGUAGGCUCCAGCAUCCUCAUUUAUUGAAUUUGCUUGGUGUUUGCACUGAAGCCUGGUCAAUUGUAUACGAGUACCUCCCCAAUGGAACUCUUCAAGACUACCUAUUUCGAAGAAGCAACAAUUCCCCUUUGACAUGGAAGAUCCGAGCACGAAUGAUUGCAGAAAUAGCUAGUGCGCUCUGCUUCUUACAUUCUUCUAAACCUGAAACUAUUAUCCAUGGUGAUCUGAAGCCUGAAACUAUACUUCUUGAUUCUUCACUUAGUUGCAAGAUCUGUGAGUUUGGGUUCAGUAGGCUGGUGACAGAGGAGUCUCUCUAUCGUCCUAGUUUCCAAUUUAGCUCAGAGAUGAAGAGUGCUCACUCGUAUACAGAUCCACAGUUUCAGCGAACUGGAGUACUAACACCCAAGUCUGACAUCUACUCCUUUGGGCUCAUUAUCUUGCAACUCCUCACUGGUAGGACUCCAGUUGGAUUAGCAGUUCUAGUUCGCAAUGCGAUUUCAUGUGGAAAUUUGUCUUCAAUUCUUGAUUCUUCAGCUGGAGAAUGGCCUUUAGCUGUGGCAACACGACUGGUCGAACUGGGUUUGCAAUGCUGCCAACAAAAUCGUAGAGACAGGCCAGAGUUAACACCUACUCUUGUAAGAGAAUUAGAGCAGUUGCAUGUUUCAGAAGAGCGACCUGUGCCAUCUUUUUUCUUAUGUCCAAUCCUUCAGGAAAUAAUGCAUGAUCCUCAAAUUGCAGAAGAUGGAUUUACCUAUGAAGGGGACGCCAUACGUGAAUGGUUGGAAAAUGGGCAUGAUACUUCUCCCAUGACUAAUUUAAAAUUGAAUCACCUGCUUCUCACUCCCAAUCACGCGGUUCGACUUGCCAUCCAAGAUUGGCUCUGCAAAUAUUGAAGGUUCAUCAAUUCAUCUAGAUUAAGUGCUCUUUUCCCCCCAUAAGUUUUGAUCUAGUUUUGUUUUAGUUCUACGGUUUUUUUCUCUCCUGUUGUAAAUCUUUCUGUGUCCCACAAGUUAUUGUCAAUUUGAUUGAUCCCAACUGCAGUUGGCAGAAAUUGCCUAUGUUGCGCAAUUCAAGUAGAGUAAAAGAUUGUAUUUUGGCCACGAUUUCCUGGCAAGAGAACAAAGAAAAAAGGAGACCAAGAGUGGUUGGUUCAACUGGUACAUGGUUGAUUCUCUUUAAGCAUGGUCUUAGGUUCGAGUCUUGUGUAUGGAAAAAAUUUCUGUAAGGAGAGCUAGUCCCAUAAGGAUGAAGAUGAGUCUGGAGCUUAUAGGAUUUUCUACGGAGAUGUGUCUACUCUCUAGAUGCUCCUGAUCUUGUAAAAUUAUGAAUUUCUGAAAUCUUGGCAAAUUGCUUGGAUGUCUAUAAUUUACGUUAA